CUUCCUUCCGUCUCAGCCUUUUAACGUUCUAAAGAGGCGAUGGAUAACCAAGAUAGAUUAUCCCCUUUGCCCGACGGUGUCCUGUUCAUCAUCGUCUCUUUUUUGCCGUUCAAGGAAGCGGUAAGAACUUCCGUGCUUUCAAGAAGAUGGCGUCGUAUUCCCGUGGGAACAAGAAACCUGGAGUUUGAAGACAGGGAUUUCGUUCCUGAAGCAGCGGAUUCUGAUCAGGAAGCCCGGCAAAACAAGAGAAGGGCUUUUCUUGAUUUUGUAGCAUGGAUUGGAAACUAUCGGAUUCUGAGGGUCCAGUUAAGUUUGGAAUGGGAUGAAGACAUCAUUCAACCUCAUCAGGCCUUUCUUGAACUGCCCAACAUUGAUGAUCAACACAAACGUACUCUAGAAUCUUUGAGGCUGUUUUCUUGCAAUCCUCCACGAAUUUCGCAGGCAUCCCCGAAUUUCACUGCUCUGAAGAGUGUUCAUUUGGGAUGGAUUGGGCUGCCUUCUGCUUUUAUCAAGAACUUGAUGGAAAAGUGUCCUGCACUGGAGACUCUGAGUACGAAGAAUUGCUUUCAUGCUGGUUACUUCGAGGUUAUUGGCCCGAGGUUGAAGACCUUGGUCCUAGAGAAGUGUUCUGGAGCUGGACCUAACAUGAGGAUGCCAAACAUCCUGAUUAAUGCUCCGAAAUUGCGAGUCUUCAAGUAUUCUGGAGUGCUGACUACAUUUGAGUUUGAAAGGCUGGGAUCAAUGGAGGAGGCGGACCUUGAUUUUGGUCUCCACGGGAAUAUGGUGAAUAUGGGGACAUUCUUUGUGCGCUCCUACUUGGACAUUAAUAACCGCGAGUUUUUUGGAGUAGUAAUUUUGUCACUGAAAAGCCUCCUACUUGCAUCAAAAUCAGAACUUUUUUGCAUGUACUUCUUCCUUAUGACCUCCAAACAAGAAGAUUCUGGGUGUUCCUCUGAUCCAGCACUGAGCAAAUAUGAAGCCACUCAACUUCUUCUGCCUUUUUUUUUUUUUGGGGGGGCCGGGGGUGUUGGUGGUAAAGGUAAUUCCUACUGGGAGGAGCCACUCAAGUUGCAGCCUGUUCUUGGGUGUGUGAACCGCCUGACGCUGAAGACAUCCAUGGAUAGAAGGGAAUUCUACGGGAUCACUUUCUUUCUCAAUAGUUGUCCUAAUCUUGAGGUCCUCACAAUUGACCUUACUACUUCAAUCAGAAUUUUUCGGGAGUGCGACCCUCCAUUUGGCAUUGAGCAUCAUGCAUUUUUGUAUGCUGGACGAUAUCAACCAAACUACACUUGCUUGAGGAGCAAGUUAAAAUCAGUUCAUGUGGAAGGGUUUAAAGGGGAGCCAAAUGAACUUUUGGUGCUGAGAUAUCUUCUCAAACAUGGUAGGGUUUUGGAUGAAGUGCACAUUCACCUUUCAAAGGAAAGAGGUCCUGGUGGUGCAAGCAUGGAAGAAACUUACUUCAACAAAAUUCGUAGCUUAAAGAAUUGCAAAGUAGCAUCCAAAGGACUCCGGAUAUUCUUACGUCGUAAAUAAGAUAGAAGAUGGAGAUGUUGGCAAGCUUUUGCUCCUUUGGUGCUUAGAGAUUUAUAUGAUUAUGAUACAGAUCAUUAAUCUCUA